CGCCGGCAAUUCAACCAUGCGGAUCGUGCUCUCCUUUGUACUAGCGUCAGCGGUUCAAGCCGCAGUGUCGUGUGGGUUUGACACGUUCAACUACACUGAAACGACCAUCGACAAGCUGCAAGACGCUAUCGUCAGCAAGCAGCUCAGUGCCGAGGAAAUCGUUCAGCAUUAUUUGGACGUGAUUGAUCAACUCAACCACAACGGCCCACAACUCAACGCUGUGAUCGAGACGAGCCCCACCGCGUUGGCCCAGGCCAUCGCCCAAGACCGCAAUGGCACCCGCAGCGGCCUGCUCCACGGCAUCCCCAUCCUCAUCAAGGACAACAUCGCGACCACGGACGACGGCUUAACCGCGUGCGCCGGGUCAUUUGCGAUGGAGGGGAACAUCGCCCCCCGCGACGCCUUCCUCGUCCAGAAACUCCGCGCGGCCGGGGCGAUUGUCCUCGGGCAUGCCAAUAUGGUUGAGUGGGCCAACUGGCGCACCCUCACGGAGUCGGUCGAUUGGAGUGCUCGCGGUGGUAUCACCAAGAAUCCGUACGUGCUGACCGCGCGCACAUCAGGUUCGUCGUCUGGCUCGGGCUCGACGGUGGCGGCCAACAUGAUUCCUGUUGCGAUUGGCACGGAGACAGAUGGCAGCAUUGUCGGCCCGGCAUCGUUUCAGUCCGUCGUCGGGUUGAAGCCAACGGUGGGCCUUGUAAGUCGCACGGGUGUGAUUCCUUUCUCGGCGCGCCAAGACUCUCCAGGCCCCAUGGGCCGCACCGUGGCGGACGUGGCCCGUGUGUUGGAAGCCAUUGCCGGCUUCGACCCGACUGACCCCGCCUCCAAGGACGCCCCCGUGCCCGAGUACUCGCAAACGUACAACGCACUGACGUCGUUCAAGAAGAUUCGCGUGGCGAUUUCCAAAGAAGCACAUGACAUAACCAAAAACAAGCUCCUUUCCCAGGCGCAUAUCGAUGCGUUUAACCAGGGGGUGGAGAAAUUGAAAACGCUCGGCGCCGACAUCGUGUACGCGCCGUACCCCAAUGCCGCCGCCAUCUCGGAGUCCGAAUGCCAAUAUGUCGCGUUCACGACCGAAUUCAAAGUCGAUGUCGAAGCGUACUUAAGCACGUUGACGUGGAAAGAGGGCGUGACGCCUAUGAAAACCCUCCAGGACAUUACCGACUACAAUGCUGCGCACCCCGACACGGAGCUCAACGUGCUCGAUCAAUCGUUGCUUUUGCUGUCGCUCAACGGCCCAAACCAAACCAGCAAAGUCUACCUGGAUGCGCUAGCCUUGUGCCAAGACUUUGCCGUGACCAACGGCAUUGAAAAGUACAUCAAGGACACACAAGCCGACGUGAUCUUUGCGCUCACCGAGUCGUGGUUCCCCGGAUACCCUUCGAUUGCGGGGUGGCCCAUCCUCUCGGUACCCUUGGGGUACAACCACUCGGUGCCGUUCGGCGUGUCCUUUGUCACGCCCAAGUACCACGAAGAAAAACUCCUGCAAUAUGGCUACGUGUUUGAACAAGCCACGAAAGCGCGUGUGACACCCCAGUUUUUGCCCGACAAUUAAGUCGUCCAUCAUCACAUCGUGCGUUUCAC